GUUGACUGAGCCUAUCAUUAAAAUGUUCAGUUUACAAUCAGAUCUUCCAGCGGUAAGAUGUUUAAAUGUUUCUUCAUUCUUAUAUGUAUAACAGCCCUUACAAGGGCCAUAAAACUCAAGUCCGAGCAAACUACCAAAGAGUGGUGGGAACGGGCUGGAUUUUACCAAGUUUACCCACGGUCGUUCAAAGAUAGCGAUGGGGACGGAAUUGGUGACCUGAACGGUAUAACCGAGAAACUGUCGUAUCUGAAAGACAUCGGCAUGCGAGGAUUUUGGCUGUCUCCUAUGUACAAAAGUCCGAUGGCCGAUUUCGGAUACGACAUCUCGGAUUUCCGAGAUAUUCAACCCGAGUACGGUACAAUGGAUGACUUCAAGAAACAGAUUGCCGAAGCGAAACGGCUGGGACUGAAGCUGAUCCUGGAUUUUGUUCCGAAUCAUUCGAGCGAUGAGCACGAGUGGUUCAAGAAGUCGGUGAAUCGUGAACAAGGGUACGAGGAUUACUACGUGUGGAGAGAUGGUAAGCGCAAUCCAAACAACGCGAGUGAAAUGCUGCCACCGAAUAACUGGUUAUCGGGAUUCCGAGGAAGCGCUUGGCAGUGGAACGAACAGCGACAGCAGUUUUACUAUCAUCUUUUCACAGCACAGCAACCGGAUUUGAACUUUCGCAAUCCUGCAGUGGUUCAGGAAAUGAAAGACAUUCUACUGUUCUGGCUGGAACUUGGGGUCGAUGGUUUCCGCGUGGAUUCCGUCGGUUGUAUGUACGAGAUUCCAGCCGAUGAAAAUGGCAACUUUCCGGAUGAACCACUAAGUGGUACGACAAACGACCCGGAGGAUUUUGCUUAUCUUGAGCAUAUCUACACAAUCGAUCGGUUGGAAAACGUAGGAAUGGUAUACGAAUGGAGACAGCUGUUGGAUGACUAUCAAAAGCAGCAUGGUGGCGACAGGCGAAUUAUGAUGACCGAGUCGUGGUCCAGUUUGGAUAUUAUAAAACCAUAUUUCAGCGAUAUCAAAGGCCGAGAAGGUGCCCAAAUGCCGUUUAAUUUCCGAAUGAUUACGGAGCUGAAUAGCACUUCAACGGCUUACGAUUUCAAGAACGUAAUCGAUUCUUGGAUGGCAAUCGUGGAUGAUGAUCAUACGGCUAACUGGGUUUUGGGAAAUCAUGAUCGGAGUCGUGUGGCGACAAGAAUGGGUGAACAGCGAAUCGACGGCUUGACCAUGAUUCAGCUUACCCUUCCUGGGGUCAGCGUAACUUAUCAGGGUGACGAAAUUGGGAUGACCGAUGUGGACAUUUCAUGGGAAGAGACGGUUGAUCCAGCCGGAUGUAACGAAGGAAAAGACAACUACGUAUCGAAAUCUAGAGAUCCAGUAAGGACGCCUUUCCAAUGGGACGAUACCAAUCUGGCAGGUUUCACCAAUGGCACUAGAACGUGGCUUCCUGUUGGUCCCAAUUACAGAACGGUCAACGUCAGAGUGCAAAGCUCCGAUACCAUGAGUCAUCUAAGUAUCUUCAAAGCUCUCAUGUCGUUAAGAGAAAAAGAUACAUUUUUGUACGGCGAUUGGCGAACAGUUGCAUUGAACGAUCAAGUGUUUGCUGUUAUUCGGGACUUGAAAAUGUCGGAUAGCUACAUGACUCUGGUUAAUUUUGGAAGUUCGGUUCAAACCAUUGACGGAAGUAGUCUGCUUAGCAGUAUUCCGAAAACACUUUAUUACGCAAUUGUUUCCGGAUCUUCGUCGCACAAAGCAGGAGACACGGUGCCAACAAAAACUAUUGUUCUGGAAGCAUAUGAAUCGUUUGUCUUGGAAGUACGACGUUCGGAGGAUAACAAAAUGCGCGCUGCAGUAUGUGAACGAUGGCUCCAGUAGAGAAAUAAUAUGAAUAAAAAUGUUUCGUCGAAUUUUACAUAUAGGGUAAUAAAUUUCAAGAACAUCAUUUGGGUCAAAGAAAAAUGAAUGCCAACAUCUGCAGUACAUGUAGUACUGAAAAUAUAAACACUUAUACUGAAUAA